CAUUUGUUUGUCGUAAUCUAAGUGGGAGAUUUCGUUGCCAAGCUGAACCAGAACUACCCUGUUUCUCGCAAAAACAAGGUCUUGUACCGUGCAUGCUAGCUUGAAGGUAUCCUACCUUACUAGUGAGCGUUGUCUGCAGCCUGCCGCCGUAUACAACCGCAGCGCCCAAUUGUUUUUGUACACGACCUAGACUCUUUAAACUGGUUAUCAUUAUUCCCGACAUAUCCUUCCCGCCAGCGCCAGUGCCUUCCCCGUAUACCCUUUCAGUCCUGUCAUUACCGAUCGACCGUUAUUCUCAUUCAUCAUGCCUGCAGUAUGGCAUCGACAUCCUCGAUAUUUCUUCCUCGUGGCCUUAGUUGUGACAGCAACUUUCUUCUUACUCAGUCCAUACCAAUCUCCGCUCUCAACCGACUCAUAUGCUGCGUAUAUCCGUGACAGUACCCUCCCAGCACGGCUUGAGCGAGCAGAAAGAGUCUAUCAGAAAGUAAUAGCUGGCCGCAAGGACCUAAUACAGAGAUAUGGCACAACUUCUCGCGACAUCGUCAUGUUUCCACCGGACAAAGAGCCAUGGCCAGCAUACACUGUCUGGAGCUUCUUUCCUCCAUCUUUUGAUUGUCCGCACGAACUGGAGCGCAUAGGUGCACUGGGGGAUGGCGGAAAGUGGGCAUGUGGGAUGUCUCGACUGGAGCACAAGCCAGACUGUAUCAUAUACACCUUUGGUAUGAACUAUGAAACGACAUUUGAGGCAGAGCUGCUCGAACGGACACGGCAUUGUGAAGUAUGGGGAUAUGACUAUCGCUCAAACUCGUUUGGAUCCCACAUCAAGAUCAACCACCGCGCACACUUUUAUUCAUGGGGUCUUGCCAACUUUGAUGCGCACGAGUCGCACCAUAAUCAUAAGCUGUAUACUCUCAAGACUCUGCUCGAGUUUAACAAGCACGACCAUAUUGACGUACUCAAAAUCGACAUAGAGGGUUGGGAAUUUGACACACUCACUCAGAUAAUCCAACCAUACAUCUUGUCCGGGGAACCCCUCCCCUUCGGACAGCUCAUAGUUGAGCUCCAUGCCUGGGAUAAGAAAUUUGAAGAUUUCUUACCUUGGUGGGAGAUGCUAGAACGAGCUGGAUUGAGACCAUUUAUGACUGAGGUGAACCUCGUAUACCAGAACUACAAUCGAGGAAAAGACACGGAUCUCGCCGAGUACUCCUUCAUCAAUAUUAAGGGAAACAACAUCUUCAUCUCGGAUCCACAAGAUGCCCCUGCAUAGUCGGAUGUUAUAUAGUCACUGCGUUGAUCACACUUUGCAGGGUGUGCACACACGGAAACUCC